AUGUCUAUCCAAGAAAUUGUCGCUUCAAAGUCCUGGUUCGGCUUCGAUCUAGAUGACACGCUCCACGAAUUCCGAAGAGCCUCGGCCAAUGCCUCGGUCCGCGUCUUCGAAACAAUACACGCCUCAAACAACAAGACUAGCGUUGAUAUCCUCAAGAACACAUACCAAGAUAUCCUGCGCAGUGCAACCGCAAAUGCCUUCACGGAUGGCAAGACCUCAAGCGAGUAUCGGCGCGAACGGUUUGAGCGUCUUCUACAGGCGCACGGGCUCAUUGAUGACUCUCUGCUGGGUCAUCUGUUAGAGGUAUAUCGAGACUCUCUACGCGAGAACCUGACUCUCAAGCCGGGUGCAUUGCAUCUUUUGCAGACUUUGCGAGGGCUGGGAAAGAAAACCAUCGUCAUCACUGAGGGCCCAGCGGAUGCGCAGGAGUGGACGGUCCAGGAACUCGGCAUACGGUCUUACGUCGAUGUCCUUGUGACGACUAACGAGGUCGGCAAGUCUAAGGUUGAUGGGCUGUUUGGUGUUGUGCUGGAGAAAUAUGGUAUCGCCGCUGAAGAUAUUGUAUACUUCGGUGAUAAUGGGAUUCGCGAUGUUCAGGCUGCGCGGGAGGAGGGGAUCCUGGCUGUUCUUUAUGAUGAAAAACAGCAGUCUCGCUUGUACGAUGUCAGUGCAUUACGAGUGGAUUCGUGGGCUGUUGUAGAAAAGGUACUCGUCCAUGGAGAGUAA